AUGUGCAUCGUGCGCAUCCGCCGCCAGCACCUGCUUGAGGACGCGCUGAACGAGGUGGCGCGGCAGCGGCCAAAGGAUCUGUUCAAGCCGCUGCGCGUGCACUUCAUCGGCGAGGACGGCAUCGACGCGGGCGGCGUCAAGAAGGAGUUCUUUCAACUGCUCGUCACCGAACUGCUGUGCCCGGAUUACGGCAUGCUCGUCUUCCAGCCGGAGUCGCGCACGUACUGGUUCAACCCCAGCACGUUGGAGGCGGAGGACGAGUUCAUGUUGAUAGGCCUAGUGCUGGGCCUCGCGAUAUACAAUGGGGUGUUGCUAGAUUUUCCGCUGCCGCUGGCGCUGUACCGGAAGCUGCUGGGGCAGCCGGCGGGCAUGCGCGACCUGGCCGACAUGGACCCCACCCUUGGCAAAUCCCUCGCGCAGCUUCUGGAGGUCGAGGACGCGGGCGGCGUGAUAGAGAGCUUCUGCCUGACUUUCACGGCGGGGCUGCCGGGCAUCGGCGAACCGGUGUCGGCGCCGCUGUGCGAUGACGGCGAUGAUGUGGCGGUGACGGCCGACAAUCGGCGCGAGUACGUGGACGCCUACGUGGACUGCAUCCUCAACACAUCCAUCGAGAAGCAGUUUGAGGCGUUUGCGCGGGGCUUCAUGAUGCUGUGCGGCGGCCCGGCCAUCCACCUGUUCAGCGCGACAGAGCUGGAGCGCCUCGUCUGCGGCAACCCCCUGCUCGACUUUGCGGCGCUGCAGGCAAACUCUCGCUACGACGGCGGCUACUCUGCAGAGCACCGGGCCGUGAAGUGGCUGUGGGAGAUAGUGGGCGAGUUGGACGACGAGGAGAAGCGCCGCUUCCUCAAGUUCUUUACCGGCUCCGACCGGGCGCCCAUUGGCGGCCUCGGCAACCUCAGGUGCAUCAUCCAGAGGGACGGCACGGAUUCGCAGAAGCUGCCGACGGCGCACACGUGCUUCAACACACUGCUGCUGCCCUCCUACCGCUCGCGCGAAGUCAUGAGCGAGCGACUGCGCCUGGCUAUCAUGAACUCUGAGGGCUUCGGCCUGGAGUGA